GUGCAAUUUGAUCUAAAUGCAAGCUCAUUCCAUUUAAUGCCUUAGCCUGCUUUGUUCCCUCCCUAAAUAAUUUACUCCCCAACUAGCUUCUUCAAUUCCACUUUUACCCCUCAUUUGUUUAUAGUACGUUUUGAAUUUUUUGGGUACGUACAAUAUGUUGCGGUAACAUCGAUAACAAGUUUUUUUCCCCCAACUUUAUGACGAUGCAGAGAACAUAUUGAAGAACGGGGGAUGGGAAGAAGGUCCCUACAUCCUCCCCAACACAUCGUGGGGAGUCCUGAUCCCUCCCAACAUCGAGGACGACCACUCCCCGCUCCCCGGAUGGAUGGUGGAGUCCCUGAAGGCCGUCAAGUACAUCGACUCCGAUCACUUCUCCGUCCCCCAGGGGAAACGGGCGGUCGAGCUCGUGGCCGGGAAAGAGAGCGCCAUCGCCCAGGUGGCCCGGACCAUCCCGGGCAAGGCCUACACCCUGACCUUCGCGGUCGGGGACGCGAGCAACGCGUGCGCGGGCUCGAUGCUCGUCGAGGCCUUCGCGGGGAGGGACACCCUGAAGGUGCCCUACACAUCGAACGGGAAGGGCGGGUUCAAGCGGGCGGUGCUCCGGUUCGUGGCGGUCUCGACCCGGACCCGGGUCAUGUUCUACAGCUCGUUCUACCACAUGCGGAGCGACGACUUCUCGUCACUGUGUGGGCCCGUCAUCGAUGACGUCAAGCUGCUGAGCGUACGCGGCAACGGGCGCGUGUGAGUCACGUGGUGGUUACUAAAAAUAGGUUAUUGAGACGAGCUGGCGUGUUAGGCUGAAGGCGGCCUGGGUUUCGGGGGGAGUGCUAUAAAUUAAUAGAAGUGAGAACGAGAGAAAGGAGUGUUUGUUAUAUAGUAGCCGAACGAUUUACGAGUAAUUUGCGAUAUUACUUUGUAUGGUUUUCGAAAGAAUGAGAAAUCGGGGAAUGUUGCUCUCUUUCUGAGAGUAAUCUUGAGAAUAAAAAUUUGUUGGUGGUAUAUAUAUAUAUAUUGGGGAACUGGGGAAUUGUAUAAUGUUUAGAUGGAUAGUCUUUGUUAUAGUUUGUGUUUUUGUCGAGUCUUGAGAGUUGUGUGAUUUUUACCAAAAUAAAUGGAUCAAAAAGUUAUAAUCGAAUAACAAAGCGAGCUCGUUUAUGACUAGAAACCCGAUUUGUUAAUUGAAAACCUACGCAUGAUAGAGUAUGAAUUUAUUACAACCUACACACGACAGAGUACCAUGAUGAUGAUAGCUCAUUUGUUCACUAAUAUUACAAUGGAGAAUCUAAACUAAACGUAGCUCUGCCACUACUAAAUUAUUGAGCUUCUGAAUUUUGAAAAUGACAUGCAUGGCCGGAGUUCAAAUGAGAAGUAGGAGUAGUACUGGGUUUUUUUUUAUGCUUGUGACGAAGCAAAGUCAUAAUUGGUUCCUAGUCUUGAAGGUCUCGAAGCAGGCCAAUUGAAUGAAGGUUCUGCUCAUCUUCCCAAUGAAGAUCAAGACAUGGUUUUAUUGCUGAUAGUGAUCGUGGGGGUUGCGAUUAUAAAUAUAUAUAUUGAAAUAUGUGGCUAGGCUACCAUCAAUAUUAAUAUAUGAGAGUUUUGUCCUUUAGUUGAUUGCUUGCUUGCAGGUUUUAGGGUUGCCAACAUGUGCAUUCUGUUCAACAAUGACAGAGCUCCGAUAUGCGAUAUCGGCAUUCCUUAUCCCACAAUUUAAGGGACAGAAUAGUAAGCCGAUCAUGGUAAUCUAUACACAUAUAUGGCUCUUAAAAAAGUAUUUGUGUUCCACGACUUUAAAACUCAAUGCUUUGAAAUAACUAAAUUGUCUACCUCAUUAUGUAAAAAUGAUAAAAGAUAGAAUGAAGGUCAAGUGGUCAACGAUGCCACACGCUCGAGAUUAGCAGAGGAACUGGACUGGAGGCUGCAAGGCAGGGUUCUCCACGAAAUGCAGAUUCGUAUCCCAAGAAUUAGGAGAGACUAGAGUGUUUACUAUUUAUCGGGAAGUCAAAUCGAAUCAACUCUUAUCUAGUUCGAGCUCAGCUUAUUUACUAAAGUUUUUAUUUGUUUUUUUUUUUACUUGAACUCGGUUCAUUAGUGAGCUCACUAGUUCAACUUGAUGCCUGCUCAUCAAUUAGCUCGAGCUCUCAACUUAUUUAUCACUCAAAACAGUUUAACUUCUUACAAAACUCUAAAUAAUUAUAAUUUAAACAUAUUAAAAUUUGUAUGUCAUGUAUAAUACGUGUGAUUAGUGUCAUGAUGAGAAAAAAAAAGAAUAUAAGUAUAUGUUUCAU